UGGCACCAAAAAUUUACAGUUUAUUCAUCUGGUUGCUAUGGUUCGUUGUUUAUCCAUAGAAUAACCUCAGUUUAUUUUAUUUUAUCAUGAUUUCUUGAUCCAGCAUCAAGUUUUAAUCAUAUUUUUAACUUAUUAACUAUUUUAAUGAUUUUAUCAUGAAUAUAUCAAUUAGUGAUACAUUCGACAACAUUUCAUUUAGUGCCAGUGGUCAGUUAAUCAACAAAGAUAACAAUGUGCUGUGUGAAUUAACAACAAACAACAUAAAUUCAAUAAAUAAAGAAGACAGUCGAGUGAAUGGUUCAUCUUGUUUGAAGAUUUCAUUUGACGAUAGUGCUUUUCUAAAUGAUUCAUUUUCUUUUACUAAAAAUGUCUCUCAACACUCACAAGAAAUUGAUAAAGAAAAUAUUCCAAUAACUGUGAGUCCAUUGCCCUCAACCACAAAUUUAUCUACAAAACCUGUAAACAAAUCAAUUUCAUCAGUACAAAAUGAACAAUUCAAAUUUUCUGAGUCAGAAGACAAUAAACUAUCAAUUUUGGGUCUACCAGCUGAAAUCCUACAAAAAUACGAAUGUCGCAAUGUAACACGUAUAUUUCCAUGGCAGUUGGAGUGCCUUUCCUGCAAUGGCGUCCUGGAAGGCAAAAAUUUAGUCUAUUCUGCACCAACUUCCGCCGGAAAAACACUAGUCGCUGAAAUCCUGGCCGCGAAAACGGUUCUCGAACGCAAUAAAAAAGUCAUAUUUAUUUUGCCGUUUGUCUCUGUCGUGCGGGAGAAAAUGUUUUACUUUCAAGACAUUUUGGAUCGUGGUAUACGUGUUGAAGGUUUCAUGGGCAGUUACAAUCCGCCGGGUGGAUACAAAAACAUAAACGUUGCCAUUUGUACAAUCGAAAAAGCAAACAGUUUAAUCAAUCGGUUACUUGACGAAGGUAAAAUUGGAGAUAUAGGUGCUGUAAUCGUGGAUGAAUUACAUCUGAUUGGUGAUUCUGGUCGCGGAUAUCUUUUGGAACUGUUAUUAACCAAGUUGAAUUACAUUUCACGCAAAGAUGAUCUCAAGAUACAGAUUGUGGGAAUGUCUGCAACGUUACCAAACUUAGAUUUAUUAGGAAAAUGGCUGGAUGCGUCUUUAUACAUCACAACAUUCCGUCCAAUACCACUAAAUGAACAGUGUUUAGUAAACGGGGACAUUUUUAAUUCAAAAUUCGAACUAAAACGUAGAUUAGAUAAUAUUCCAGAGUUAGAAAUGGAUACCGACAAUAUUCUACAAUUAUGUUUAGAAACCCUGUUAGAAUCAUGCAGUGUUUUGGUGUUUUGCCCAACGAAAAACUGGUGUGAGAAUUUAGCUGUGCAAAUCGCCAGUGCUUUCUUCAAAAUUGGCAAAUCUGAUUCCCGCCUUGGUGAAGAGUUGCGAAAUAAAUUACCUGUGGAACCUAUCAGGGAAUGCCUCGAACAACUUAAAAGAUCUCCUGCUGGUUUGGAUGAUGUCUUACAGAAGACUGUAAGUUUUGGUGUUGCAUUCCAUCAUGCUGGUCUUACCAUGGAUGAACGUGACAUUAUAGAAGGCGCUUUCCGAACUGGAGGUCUUCGUGUACUUGUCGCCACCUCCACACUAUCAUCAGGUGUGAAUCUUCCUGCAAGACGUGUGAUAAUUCGCAGUCCUACCUUUUUCGGAAAGCCAAUUGAUGUUUUAUCUUACAAACAAAUGGUUGGUAGAGCUGGGAGAAUGGGUAGGGACACCUCAGGUGAAUCAAUUCUAAUCUGCCAGAAGAAGGAUCUUGCAGUUGCAAAGGACCUGAUGUCCGGAGAGUUGGAAGCAAUCAGUAGUUGUUUGGAAGGUUCAGGAAGACUCAAAAGAGCUUUAUUGGAAGUUAUAGCAUCACAAGUUGCUUCAACUCCUGAUGAAAUAGACACAUUUGGAAAGUGUACCCUUCUGAAUCAUGAAGGUACAGCAAUAGGUAAUCCAAUAACAGAUGCUUUGGACUUUCUAAUGAAGUAUCAAUUUAUCAGACUACAAGUUGAUCAGGAAGAUACUUCUAACCAACAGUAUGUAGCUACACCUCUUGCAAAAGCAUGUUUGAAUUCAUCAAUGCCACCUGAAGAAGGUCUUGCUUUGUUUGCUGAGUUAGAAAAAGCAAGACAAUGCUUUGUUUUAGAAACAGAAUUGCAUUUGAUCUAUUUAGUGACUCCUUUCAGUGUCCAAAUUCAAUCAAUUGAUUGGAUGCAGUUCUUGGAACUCUGGGAGAAACUCCCAGCUAGUAUGAAACGUGUUGGUGAGCUUGUCGGAAUCAAAGUAUCAUUCAUCAUCAAUUGCUCCAGGGGUAAAGCCCCAAAUAAUUCCAAUAAACUAGCUGUUCAUCGACGUUUCUACACAGCAUUAGCACUGCAGGAUUUAGUCAAUGAGGUACCUCUGAACCAGGUUGCUCAAAGAUUUGGUUGUAAUCGUGGAGCUUUGCAAAGUCUCCAACAGUCUGCAGCCACUUUUGCAGGUAUGGUUACUUCAUUCAGUAAACAACUAGGUUGGAGCAGUGUGGAGCUACUGAUUGGACAGUUCCAAGACAGAUUACAGUUUGGUGUUAGCAGGGAACUAUUAGACCUGAUGAGAUUACCAAUCCUCAAUGGGCAGAGAGCAAGAGUAUUGUUCAAUGCAGGUGUAGAAAAUCUUGUAGAUCUCGCUGGUUGUAACGUUUUGGAUCUAGAGAAUAUCCUACACAAAGCUAAACCAUUUGAGAGUAAAGAACGUGAAGGUGAAAGUAAACACGACGCAGAAAAACGUAAUAACUUAAGAACUAUCUUCAUCACUGGAAAACGUGGCCUGACAGAGUUGGAAGCUGCAGGGAUGAUGAUUGAAGAUGCAAGGAAGUACCUGCAAUAUGAGAUUGGUUUGAGUGAUGCUAAUUGGUCACGGAAUGAAGAAAAUGUGACACAGUCUAGUCAGGAAUUGAAUAAAACAAAAGCAGAUCUUAGUCCAAUAAUAGAAUCACCAAAUAAAACGAAUACAGAAGAGAAUAAAGCAGAGAAUUCUUUGGAGAAUGUAAAUUCAUCUUUGAAAGAAGUUAAUUUCUGUGAUUUAACUUCACUGCGAUUAAGUUCUUCAUCUGACAGUAUGUUUAAUGAUUCAUUUACUGCCCAAAUGAAAUUAGUGCAGAAUCUUAGUGAUGAUAAAGUACAACCUGAGAAUCCACCUGAUAAUAACUCAGAUUCGUUGUUAACGAAAGCCUUCAUGGACAGUUUUAACGAAUCUUUAACUUUAAGAACUGAUAAAUCUUUUGUUGAAGAUUUACAACCAAGAAAAAGACCAAGUGAUGACAUAAAAUCCACUGAUUCUUCUUCUAAUUCUUCUGUUGUAAGUGAAGAUGAUAUGUUUACAUCUCCAAUACCUCCAAAGCUCAGCAGACGUUCAAAGAGUGCUUCUGAUCAUGCAGAAGAUGAUCCACAACUGGAAAUUAUUAAUGUAUGUGAUAAUAUUGUACUUUUUAAGCCUUUCAUUGAUUUAUUAGCGACACAUACUGCUAUAUCUUUAUCUCUUGCUUGUGAAGACUACGAAGAAGAGAAACAAGAGAUUGGGAUAAGAAAAUCUAUCAAAUUGAAGGAUAAUUUCACUUAUAAAUCGACUAAGAUUCAUGGAUUGGCUGUGUAUUGGCCUGAGACAACUAAAACUCCAAUUAGUUAUUAUAUAGAAUUAGAAAAAUUGAUCAAAAUGGAAGGCGGAGAUGAUGAUAGUUUAAAACUAUUAGAAACAGAAUUAAUGCAGAACAAAACUUUAAGGAUGUUUAAUGUGAAAGAACAACUUAAACGUUUGCAUUACUGUCUUGGUUGGAAGAUAGAUUCAGUGAAAAUUGAAGAUCCACGGAUAGCUGAUUGGAUAUUAGAUCCAGAAUCACACGAGAAGACCUUUUCUACAAUGGUGAAAUUUUACUCUCCAUGUUAUGAAGAACAACUGGACAUCACCAGUUGCAAAGUACGUGCAUCAAUGGAGGCUUUAAUCAAUUGGUCAUUGAUUGAAAACGUAACUAUACGUCUCACAAUUGAAGAUCCACAGUUUAUCACUUGUUAUAGGAAUGAAAUGCAAAUAAUAUUGAUUCUGACCAAGAUGGAAUUGAAUGGAAUGCCUGUAAACCUAAAAACACUUCAAAGUUUUGUUGAUUCAUUAAAAUGUCACCUACAGUCGUUGGAGAGUGAAGCUUUCAACUUAGCUGGACGUAGAUUUUCUUUCACAUCUUCAGCAGCUGUUAGUAAAGUAUUAAACAUGCGUGGAAGUAAAAACAUUAAAAGCAAACGUAGAAUAUCAACCAACAAAGCUGCGUUGGUUCAAUACGGACAUCCUUUGGCAGAGUUGAUCAUCCAGUGGAGAAAGAUCAAUUCUACAUUAACAAAAAUGGUGUAUCCACUUCUAAGAAACAUUGAAGAAUCCCGGAUACGUGGAGUUUGCAUCACGCAGAAUUCCACUGGAAGGGUAUCGAUGCACGAACCGAAUGUUCAAAAUGUCCCACGAGAUUUUCAAUUUAUUGAUCCCAUUACAAAUAAAACUCAUGAGAUUUCCCUACGUAGUGCCUUUAGUUGUUUAGAAUCUGGGAAGGCAAUCAUUGUAUCCGCUGAUUAUUGUCAGUUGGAAUUAAGAAUACUAGCACACUUGUCAAAAGAUUCAAUUCUAAGUCAAAUAAUGUGUUCGGACUGUGAUAUAUUUAAAGCCAUAGCUGCCAAAUGGAUGAAAAUCUCCGAGGAAGAAGUUGAUGAUACUCUAAGACAACAAACAAAACAGAUUUGUUACGGGAUUAUCUAUGGAAUUGGUAAUAAGACUCUUGCGGAUCAAAUGAGUAUCACCGAGAAUGAAGCAUUGGAGUUUACAGAGACAUUCCAUCAGAAUUAUCCAGGAAUUCGGAGGUUUAUUAAAGUUACCAUUGAUAAAUGUGUGGAGCAAGGAUAUGUUGAGACUUUGCUGGGACGCAGAAGAUAUUUAUCUAUGAUUAAUUCUACAAAUCAAUCAGAAAGAAGUAAAGCAGAACGUCAAGCUGUUAAUACGACAGUCCAGGGAUCAGCUGCUGAUAUUGCCAAACAAGCAAUGAUUCUAGUCGACAGGAAAGUCUCCGAAAAGUUUCGUAACUCGCGAAAUGCCCCCAAGUUGAUUCUACAGUUGCAUGAUGAGUUGUUGUAUGAAGUUCCUUUGAAAUACGAAGAUGUCUUUGCUCGUAUAUUGAAGAAAUGCAUGCAGGAGUCUGUCAAGUUGGAUGUACCAUUACCUGUUAAAGUUAAAAGUGGGAAAUCAUGGGGUACACUUGUUUUAAAACAAUAAAAACACGUUUUUGUUGAAA